AUGAUUGGAUUGGUAACUUUACCAAUUCUAAGCAAUGCUGCUUUUGGCGGAGUAGCCUUAGGUUCAUCGUUGCAAGAUUGCAUUGACUUAUUCGAUACAUUUGAAGCUACUAAUUUCGGCCAUAAGUCAGGAGCUGCUGCAAAACCAUUCAGAUAAGAUGGAUCAUAACUCAUUUCAUGCGAUUUCGUGGGAUUAUGUCCGGACGGAAUCUCUCGUUAAACUUGCUCUUGGUUGAGAUUCUUCAGCGUUAACUGUGAGACUGUUAGUGGCAAUGUUUUUGCUUCGAUCCGCACGAAUUCUUUACCAAAUCAUUGUUAUGACUCCAAAACAAAUCCUGCGACAGGUUCAAGUACAGAGUUCAAUGCUUAUGAAUUUUAUCAAAUCAGAUUUAACUUAGAGCCAAGACUUAUGCUACGGUUUGCAGGACUAAGUUAAUCUAAUUCAGAUUCAAUCUUUACCACAAUAAAUUCGUAAUUGGCCUACAACACAGUUGCAUGUUCCAAUGGGUGGGCUCUUAAUAGUUUGAUCGAUGCAAAUAUAAUUGAUGGAAAUGAGUUUGUUUAUAAUCCUUUCAGAUCUACUCCAAUAAAUGAUGAUUGGUCUUAUACUGCUGAUUUCUAUACAAGAUACCCUCAUUUGAAACUUACUAGUUCAAAUAGCAUAGUCGGAGUUGCAAGAAAUGGAGUAUUUAUUUUCUCUGGACUGACAUUUGACGAUUAUGAUGCCUUUUUCCCUGCUUCUUAUGGUGCUAAGAAUCUACCUAAAAAGGUAUCAGUAGAUUUGUGCCUUGGUACCACAGAGACUUACAAUGUAUACAGAUAUCAUAUGUACUCUCCCUGUAUGUUUGAUAUUACAGUGAGAUAUUCUCAAGGUGGAUGCACAACAAGUGCAAUUUGUAGGAAUGAUGUAAUUGAUUAUGCAAAGAAAAUGACUUUAGCUACUUAAAGAACUUUCCUUCCAAUCGGACUUGCCAAAGAUGGUAGAAUCAUUUACGGACCUUAUAAGGAAAACGGUAAUCUCUGGUAACCAUGCGAAGUCGAUAUAUGCAAUGGAAGAUUGUUUGGUGACAACUAUGCUUAUGUCGCUACUAUGUUCUUCCCCUAUGUUGUAGGAUGCUGGGGACCUGGAAACCUUGGAAUGAAUUAUAAAGCAGAGUGUUCAUCUAAGCCAAGACUUUGCAAAUCAGGCUUCCAAUCUUUACAAUCACCAUUUCUCAUAGUAAUUGCUACCCUCACCUUUGUCUUAUUCAGCUUCUACAAUUGA